CCGGUUCAGAGCUGCUUCAUACAGACCUUGAACACGCCGCCUGGGGCUUCCGGAACCUUAAUGGCCAUGUAAGCCUUCCAUGAUGGGUCAGACUUCUACUCAGAUCAUCGUCACCCAGCCGGACAAGUCGGAUAUCGUCUGCGAGAUCUUCAGCCAGGGAGUGGUACACGCUUCCCAAAAACUAAAGGAGUAUCUCGGAUUUGAAGACCCCUGCGGCAGCUUCCACCCCAGCACGGACACCCUGACGGAGAUCUUUCUGGUCAACUUUAUCACCUUCUGCGCCGAAAAGGGAGUCGAAGAAAGAAUCGCUACCAGCAAAAUGACCAAGCAACAAGCCAUCUUGUUUGGCGUGGACUGGAUUUGGACCCUACUCAGCCCUGACAAAUCCGUGAGACUCCAGAUAGCCGUCCAGAGCUUACAGAUGUCCGACUUCAACAACGAGGGGAGAGGAGACACGAUAGACAACGGCCCCUGCAAGGAGAUCCAACUGACCGACACGUUUUAUAAAAACAAGAGCCCGUACGAGAAGCUGGAGGAGUUCUGCCGGCUGGUGGGCUCGGACUGCCUGGGCCUCUUUAUUGUCUUCGGCCUGCCGGGAAAACCCAAGGACGUGCGAGGCAUCCUAUUGGACAGCGUCAGCAGGGAGAAUAAAAAGAACUCUGUGCCACCAGAGAGAGCUUUGCAGCAAUUCAUCCUGAACACGGACAAUUUCCUCCCCACGCGUGAAAUGCUGGACACCUGUAUGUCCAAGAGGAAGGGCCUCAGGAACAUUGGAAAAGUGUACAUCAACUUUUUAUAACCGCCGGUG